AUGUAUCGUCAACGUGAAACCAACCCUCAUUUCCGUCUCGCGCAAGAACAUCUUUCGCCAGAACAUGUGCCUAACCUUCAUGCUCCUUCACAGCCCCAGCCUCAAAAUCAACAUCUUCAGCCACAACAUGGAUCCAACACUCAUGUUCCGUCCCGGAAAGAAGCACAACCACAACCGCAUCGACACUCGCGGCGUAAAAACCUCCCACCCGACUCUCGACAAGGUUCAUCCCAGCCACAGCCACAACCACAACCACAGGCACAGUCACAGUCGCAGGCACAGCCACAACACUCAAAUCAACCGACAAAUGGACAGCACCAAGCUGCAUCCCUGAGGGUGCCAACACCGCAUAAAACACUCUUCUGUGCACUAUUCUGGAUCAUAAUCAUAGUGGGAGGCCUAGCAAUCCUCCUAGUCUAUGUCAUUUUCCGUCCAAAAAGCCCAAAAUUCGAUGUGUCAAGUGCCACCCUCAAUGCAGCUUAUCUUGACAUGGGCUAUCUGCUCAAUGCUGAUCUCACCUUGCUUGCAAACUUCACCAAUCCAAACAAGAAGGCAAGUGUGGACUUCCAUUACAUGGUCAUCGGUCUCUAUUACGGACGCGACCUUAUCGCCUCAAGGUAUAUCUAUCCAUUCUCGGUGACAAGGAGGGAGUCAAAAUUUGCUAAUGUUCAUAUGAUCACAAGCCAAGUUCGGCUUUCGAUUCUGCAGAGCCAACAGCUUAGGAGAGAGAUGGAAGGUGGAAGGGUAAAUUUUGAGGUGAAGGGUAUGUUCAGAAUUCGAUUUAAUCUGGCGGGUUUUCUCAGAUACACCUACUGGUUGUAUGGCCAUUGCACUAUUGUGGUCACUGGCCCUCCCAGUGGAGCUUUGGUUGCUAAAAAGUGCAUAACAAAACGUUGACAACGAAGGAGUUCUUUGAAACAACAUAGAGGGGAGUUGCCCCGGAUUUUAUUUUACUACGAACGAAGGUUUGAUCACUUUCUUGUUUUUUUUUUUUGAAGUGGAUUCUUGUACUCCAUACCACUUGAUCAUCCUUGAAAUUACUCCUUUAUGUACUAGCCACUUUUCAAUCUGUAUCUGUGAGCUUUCUGCUCACAAUACAGAUUGAUAACCUCUUGUAGUAAAGUGGAUUUAAGGACUC